AUGGAGGCGACGCCCGCCACAACAUUGGGGCCCACGUCCACUUGCACACCAGACCUGACGCAUAUCUACUUCCUAGGCGUCCCCGUCACUACAGCAGGGCAAGAGCCCACUUGCGCAUUAGACCGGAUGCCCACGUCUACUUCUAAGGCGACCCCGUCACUACAGCAGGGCGACCCCGUCAAUACAGCAGGGCCAGAGCCCACUUGCACACCAGACCGGACGCCCACGUCUACUUCUAAGGCGACCCCGUCACUACAGCAGGGCCAGAGCCCACUUGCACAUCAGACCGGACGCCCACGUCUACUUCUAAGGCGACUCCGCCACUACAACAAAUCACACGUCCAUUUGCACACAGAGCGGACGGCCACGUAUACGUCUAAGGUGACGGCCGCCGCUACAGAAGGGUCCAGAUCCAAUUGCGCACCAGACCGGACGGUCAUGUCUACUCCAAAGAAGACGCUAGUCACUACAGGAGGGUCCAGAUAUACUUGCGAACCAGACCUGAGGCCCAUGUCUCCUUCUAAGGCAACGCCCGCACCUACAACAGGGCCAACGUCAACAUGCGCACUCGAACCGACGUCCACGUAUACUUCUAAGGAGACGCCAACCGCUACAACAAGGCCCACGACCAUUUGCACACCAGAGCCGACGUCCACGUAUACUUCUUAG